GAACGCACCAUAACCCGGGAAAAACAAACAUUCUUCUUCUGUCGUACUUCAUCUGCAGUAUGUUUUUAUUUUUCUGUGGAAAUAAACAGUUUAAAGACUAGAACUACAAGCCACAUGAUUUUCACUUGGAUUUGAAAGAACCAUGUGCAGCUACAGUGACUCCAUCAGUGACUUGGAUGAGGAGCUGCCCGUGUUUGACUUCCUGCGGCCCGGUCCGCACCGAGACCGGACCUCAAAGAGCUGCUCUGUAGAACCAGACUUGGUGGAUCUGGAAGACUCGGACGCGGAAGACGCCGUCACCUGCACCUCGGCGACGGAGAAUGAUGGCGUGGGAGCACCUGACGUGAUGAUGCUCAGCAGUGAUUCUGAUGAUGAUGAUGUGCUUCAUGUCCCGCUGGCACAGAGACUCAAACAGAGGCAGGAGAACGUAAUUAGUGCCUCCUCCACUGUCACUAAUGAGAAACAUGCUGAGCACAAGUCCCACUCCAAUCUGGACUGUUUACAGCUCCCUUGUCGGAACGGGAUUCCACAGUCGGCGGCGCCACUCGUCCGCCAGCAGGUGAGAGGUGUGGGAGCCUCACUCGGCCCAGAAGAGGAGGAGACACCAGCUGUCCCUCAGCGGUGUCCAAGUGAGGGGAGCGGUGACGCGUCCCCUGCCAAGAGGAAGCGCGCCAAGCGGACGGUGGAGGAGAUCCAGGCCUCCAGGGAGGAGGCGUUGAGGCGGCGGCGAGCCAAGGAGAGCCAGCAGAAGGAGAAGGAGGCGCUCAGGCUGCAGCAGGAGAGACAGAGAGCGGAGAGGAAAGCGGUGGCAGACGCCGCCAAAGCCCUGAGGCCAGAGGAGUGCGUCAAACACAUGGUGGUGGCUGUGGAUCCAGCUCUGUUGCAGUUGGAGGGAGGCGGGACUCUGCUGGCGUCGCUGCAGACGCUGGGCUGCAGCUGUGCCAUCGAGAAACAGACACUCCCUCGCAGCGUCAGCUGGAUGAGGAGGACACCGUCUGCACAGCCUGAUGGGGGCGCUUGUGUCCCUGAGGCUCAGGUUGUGAUGCACAUGACAGUUGAAGUCUUCUGCUCUCUCAUCCACAGCUACGUUCAGGAGGAAAGACUUGGCAGCUCGGACGCCGGUCCCACUCUGACGUCUUGGGUGCGGCAGCAGCAGACGAAUAAUCCCGGUAAAAUCCUCAGCCUGGUCGUCAUCGACAUGGAGAAAUACUUCAGAUCCCAGAAGUCAAAAAACCAGAAGAAGUUUCGAGAAGCUGUGACGAACGAGGAGCGAGGAGGAGGAAAAGGGAGGAGGAAAGGGAAGAACGGCAGCGCUGAGGCUUUUUUACCCGAGGUGUCACAAGUGGAAGUAGAAGAGGCCGUGGUUCAUCUUCAGCUUCACACCGGCGUCUCCGUGCGCUUCUUGUCCACCUGGAAAGACUUCUCGGAUCACAUCACCAUGGCAACCAAAGCGGUUGCCGAGGCCCCUUUCAAGCGAGAGAGAGAGAAGACAGGCUUCUCUUUCUACCUGGAGAGCGAGUGGGCGGGGGGUCAGCGGGUGGACAGAGCCGGCCAGGGUCUGUUGCAGGUGUGGAAGAGACAGAUCCAGCAGCUCAACAGAGUCAGUGCAGACAUGGCCUCAGCCAUCGUGGCUGCUUAUCCUUCACCACAGCUGCUCAACAAGGCCUACCGUCUGUGUAAGACCGAGCGUGAGAAGAUGAACCUGCUCUCCGACCUCCUGAUCCGCAGAGGAGAAGGUUUGACCUCCACGACGCGGCGGGUCGGUCCCGAGCUUUCCAAACGCCUCUACCUCACGAUGAGCUGCCGCGAUCCAGAGCAAGCACUGGAAGCUACGUGACCUACGAUCUAUCUAAUCUUGGACUAAAAGUAUUAUGAAUCUUUUUUUUCAAUUUCGUGUACGAUUUACGGUUCAUGCUAACUUUUCACUCACUUUCAACAAAACGAAAUGUCCCUAUGUUUUAAUAUUUUAAACACAAAUUUAUCGUAAAAGUAAACAAACUACACCCCAUGGAUUAGUCGUGAAUCUUCCAGGGCAAGAUGUUUACUAGACAAAGUAAUAAAUGUAGGGAUUAGUUUUUUCAAUGCACAUAAAAGGUCAAAUUUUCCUGUUUAUAGCACGAGAUAGCUAAUCAAAUCAAGCAAAAGGUUAGCUUUGUAACCUAAAACUUUAUGGUUUACCAUGUCAUUGUCAAAUAAA